GUUUCGCCAGACUCCUCGCGGUUCAUGCGCUGGCGGCGGGCGGCGUUGGCACAUACUAAUACCCUUCUCGAAGACUAUCAGGCAGACUCCUGCUCUCAGAUACACGCAGCACGCACGGAGUAACGACUGCACAAACUAUUCCCAACACGAUAUCUCACGCCUACGGACCGCAGAUAUGGUCAAUUGGAACGAUCCAGCCACCGUCGCCGCAGAAGAAUUCGCACUCGUCAAGUUUCUGCAUGUCUUGGACGGUAUAUUCAUUUGGGAGUACUUUUCGACGAUCAGGUAUGAGUGGGAAGUUGUCACCCGCAGACGACCGUGGAGGUGGACCAUGGGCAUCUAUAUUGGCUGUCGAUUAUCCACACUCGCCGCUAUCUGCUGUGAGCUUGUAGGCUUCAACCUCACGACGUCGUUUGAUUGUAAGGGCUGGCUUGUCUCACUCUUGUUCUUCUCCUUCACCGCCCUCGCGCUCGCGUCCCUCCUCAUCGUCAUGCGGUCAAUCGCGCUCUGGGAACGCCGACUGUCAAUCGUCGUACUCAUGCUCGGUAUCUGGCUCACUAAUAUCGGGUUUCUCAUCUAUGGUCUCGCGGUCGCCGACGCCUUCUUUGACCCCAUCGCGUCCACCUGCGCAAUAACGACGACCGCAAAGAACAGGGACAACGUCGUCGUCACGCUCGUCAGCGAUUUCGUGCUUUGUGUGAUCAUGUUGGGCGGUGUGGUGAGGCAGAAGAACGACGGAGGCUUGUGGAGGAUGAUUUAUCGACAUGGCGUCAUUUGGAUUGCAUUAGCGACGCUAUCUGAGGUUCCACCCGCGACUUUCCUUAUCUUAAACUUGAACGAUCCGAUGAACUUAAUGUUCCAAACACCCGCACUAAUCGUUAUGACCAUCGGCGCGACCCGGAUCUACCGCUCCCUCCAAGACUACGCCGGACCCGUCAUCACAGCGUCCUAUCUUUCCGACGCUCAAUUCGCCACGAACCCCGAGUUCGCGAUGGUCGAACGGCGAAACAACAAACCCGCACCGUUCCUCCGCUUCGACCACCCUUUCCCUCCAAAUUCCAACUAUGCAUAUAGUAAACGACCACCUCCACACGAUCACCCGCAGAACCCAGCUCCUGUGUUUUCGAAGUCGAAGUUCGGUUCGGUAAAGUCGAAGGCGAGUGGCAAGUUUGGGCCGUCCAGGUUUGGGGGACCAAGAGCAAGAGCAAGACAACGACUGCGUUAUCCGAUCCCCCAGUCUCAAUCGCAGUCUCAUGCAUCCAUGUCCCAAAUUCAAUCCCAAGUACGCUCACAGACGCAAACCCAAAGUGGAGGGCUGGGCAUGGACAGCAUGGACGUGGAGUUCCACAAGAGUUAUGGACGGUAUGACGAUGCGGAUGUCGACACGCCAGUGGACGGUCCCGAUCCUCUCAACGCCAUGGGCACGAUCGGAAGUAUCGGUCCUAUUGGCACUGUAGGCACGAUCGGGAUGGACGAGCUGGCGUAUGCUGAGAGUGGUGGCGGUGGCGGGAGGAGACGGAGCUGGCAGGAUGAUCUGGAGGGAUAUGGCGAUGGAGGAGGGUUUGGGCCGCGCGAAAGAUAUCAGUAUCAAGAUGGGGAAGAGGCACUGAGUCCAAUCACGGAGAGUACGGCGUAUUCGAACUCGACGACAAAUUAUAGCAGAGGAGAUGAGGCAGGAGCGAGGGGAGAAGUUCCGGGCUUGAAUGGAGGGAGGGACGCGUUCGCGCUCGUUCCUGCGGGAUGGGGGGGUGGAAGUGGGAAUCGGUCGAGGAGGGAUAGUACUGCUAGUGCCAGUGGUGCUGGUGCUAGUGCGAGUGGAGGUGGAGUAUGGGGAGGGUAUGGAUUGGGGAGUGCGUUGGGUUGGGCGAGUCGGAGUAGGCAUGAUAGGGAGGUGGCGAGGGAGGUGCGGGAACAACAACAGCAGGAGCAGGAGCGACAGGAUGGACACGGGCGACGAAGUCCAGAUUUGGAGAGCGGGACGGGGAAUCUGAGUACGACGACGAGGGUAGGGAGUCGUGCUGGUACUGGUGAAGCAAUGGGAGAAGAAGGUAUGCCACCAGUAUAUCCGAUGCCUCCGGUAUCGCACAAGUAAACGGUGAAGGGUGUCGCUUUUCCUUUAUCUUCUCUUUCUUUUAGCCUUUCUUCUUCUUCUCAGCCUUGCUAUUCGUAUGUUAGCUCGCUCUGCUCUAUCUUCGUUUCUCCCACAAUCUGCAUCAUGUAUCCCCUGUUUACUUGGCUUAUUUUUCGUUCAGUCAAUUUCCGUUUUCCGUUUUCAGUCUCCCCCAUCAUCUCUUCGUUCGAUCUCAUCUUUUCAUGAUGUUUAUGUUUUAUUAACCUCGCGAUCUACACGCUUUGUCUCGACUCCUCCAUUGUCCUACUACUUUCAGCACAACACUGUAUCCACGCGGGCCUCGGCCUCUCAACCACCCUACUGUAACUCUCGUGCUACUUGCUUCUACGCCUCUUCUCCACACCGUCCGAUACUCCCCC